CAUUAUCAAAAGUCGUAAAACAGCAUUGAGCAUCUGGAUAAGCCUCAAAAGCGGAAAAAUAUGUUUUUAUUUUUCUAGCAUGGAACUUUUUUUGCUAAUCUGUGCCUCUCACGUUAAUUCCGCUCUAAACUUGGACUUUUACACUAAAUUUGAAACGUUUAAGAGCAACCUUUUUUAUUUUUUCCAAGGGAAAUAUAUAUUUUUCUGUUUGAAAAAUCAAUCAUUGUCUAUCUUGGCAUUUUUAUCAUACAAUGGACUCUCCGGGGUCAAAUCUGAAGUUUCUUACGUACUGCUGCAGUAUCAUCCUCAGUUUGUCUUUUGCAUGUCUUACUUUAUAGAUGUCAUUCUUUUUGACUCAGAUUUUUCAUGUUUAUUAGCACAUUAGUGGAUUGCAGGAGUGUCAUUAGCAGUUCGUACCUCACUCUGUUUUAGGACUGGAAACCUGUAAUGACUUCCUUCGCACUGCUCCAACUGCCAGAGAAUCAUUCUCUUAUUUUUGGAAUAGACUGCAGGAAGAAGACACACAACAAACCGAAAUUGAAAAAAGCAAACCGUCGAGUGAAAAGUGAAACAAUUUCAUUUUCACAUCAAGCCACGCUGUGUUUGUCCUUGUUCAGCCGCCGUUUGGUGCCCAUGUGAUACAAACUAAAGAUUUGAAAGUAGGCGCGCCAGAAUAUUUUGUAGACAAAGGAAGAUCUUGUCCAUUGGAGAAUGUUAUUGUGAACAACAAGUUUUUUUUGACUGAAUCAAAAUUCAGUACAAAGAUUACCCCCCUGUUAAAUACAACGGCACUGUAAUUCCAAACGGCAUGGAGGCGGCAAACACAUUUGUGACCCCUGGCAAAAAAAAGUUUAUGCCUGAUGGAUCCCCUAGGGCUAGAAAUAUAACAAUCCCUGCAUCUCCUUUCAUGAAAAAACUUGGAUGUGGAACUGGGGUGAAUGUAUAUCUUAUGAAAAGAACAGGUAGCCAGACUCAGUCUCCAUGGGCAGUCAAGAAGAUCAAUAGCCACUGUGCAAAAACCCAGCAGAAUGUCUACAGCAAGCGGCUGACUGCUGAGGCACAGAUUCUAAAAACAUUACAGCAUCCCAACAUAGUUGGGUUCCGUGCUUUCACUAUUGCUCCCGAUGGUUCAAAGUGCCUGGCUAUGGAGUAUGGCGGGGAGCAGUCUCUGAAUGACCUGAUUGAGCAGAGGAGGGAGGAAGGCAAAAGGGCUUUCCCAGCUUCUGUAAUUGAAAAAGUGGCUCUUCACGUGGCUCGUGGCCUCAAGUAUCUUCAUAACGAGAAGAGGCUUUUGCAUGGAGACAUGAAGUCCUGUAACAUUGUAGUCAAAGGAGACUUUGAAACCAUUAAGAUCUGUGAUGUUGGAGUUUCACUUGAACUAGAUGAAAACAUGACAGUGAGCAAUCCCAAAGCAACUUACAUUGGCACUGAACCCUGGAAACCCAAAGAAGCUUUGGAAGACGGUGUCAUUACAGAUAAGUCAGACAUUUUCGCCUAUGGGCUGACGCUGUGGGAAAUGAUGACCUUAUCUGUACCUCAUCUGGAGUGUCUUGAGUAUGACGAUGAAGAAGAAGAAUCUUUUGAUGAGGAUGCAUAUUAUGCAGUUCUGGGAACCCGGCCGGCUCUUGAUAUGGAGAAUCUGGAUGCGUCCCACCAGAAGAUGAUUGAGCUCUUCCUCAUGUGCACUGAGGAAGACCCCAAAAGGCGCCCCUCUGCAGCACAGAUUAUUGAAGUGCUUGAGUCAGCCGAGUACCAAGAUUUCAAGAAUGAAGUGAUUGUCAUUUCUUAACUAUUGUGUCAUAAUAUCUCAAAUGGUUAAUAUUUCAAAUUUGAUGUUUACAACAUGCUGAACUGCAUUUUUUUUUUUGUUUAAGCCUUAAAGCCCUACUUUUCUUUCUGCUGUACUAAGAUUUUUUUUAUGCUUACUUUAGUUGCUUUAUUAGCAACUAUAAUUAAAUUAUCAUGAAACAAUGAACAGGCAAUUACUUCUCCAGGUUGCUACUUAUUCCUUUUUAACAUGAUUUGUGUAGUUUGUCAUUUUAUGUGUUUUUGUCAAUAAGAAAUAUUCAUGUCAUAUACUUGUUCUUUCUUCCUUUACUAUCAUUUAUGUAACUAACUGUCCAAUAAAAAAUAAAAACUGAUAAAUAUACAAGUCAUACAUUAAUUAAAGCAAAAUGCCUUUCAUUGAGGAAUAGUACAUCAGUAGGUGUGCACUGUGGGACAUGGUUAUGCUUUGGAUGCAGCAGGAGGAAAGGUAAAGCAAAGCUCAGUUUACAGCUGUCAUUAUUAUUACUAAGU